UAACUUUUAUUUCAUAAAAAAGAAGAGAAAUAUUAAAUUGACGUUUACCUGUCAUAUGCCACACAUUGUUUUUAUUUCUAUUCAAAAAUGGCAGACGAAGCCGAUAAUAUACCCUCGAUUACUGUGAAAGAACCUUUAGAUUUAGUACGGUUAAGUUUAGACGAAAGGAUAUACGUAAAAAUGCGAAAUGACAGAGAACUCCGAGGCAGAUUAAAUGCCUACGAUCAGCACAUGAACAUGAUUUUAAGCGACGCGGAAGAAACCAUCACCACCGUAGAAAUCGACGAAGAAACCUACGAGGAAGUGUACAGAACCACCAAAAGAAACAUUCCCAUGCUAUUCGUAAGAGGCGACGGAGUCAUUUUAGUUUCACCGCCUAUGAGAACUUCCUAAAACCCGAACAUUUUAAUAAUUUUUUUUACGUUUAAUACUUAAGCAAUAAACGGUUAUUAA